AGUGGGGAGUGGGUGAUUUUACGCAGCCGGCCUUUAUAUAAAAAGGAGGUUGCUGAGGUUUGGUUGAACAACUGUCACUUCGCCUUCUGUAGGACCCUUGCUUGAGAGAAAGACAAUGUUGUCCGUCUUGGUGGUGGCCCUGGCCUGGUUGGUCUCCCUGAGGACCUUUUCCACAGCUUUGGAUCCAACCCGGGAGGGGACAUGGAGGGACUGGAAGGCCACUCACAAUAGAGAAUACGCCCUGGAGGAGGAAUCCUUUCGAAGAGCCGUGUGGGAGGAGAAUCUGCGGAUGAUCCAACAGCAUAAAGCAGCUGACCAGGGAAAACACACCUACAAGCUCGGGAUGAAUCACUUUGGUGAUUUGACUCUUGCUCCUGACUUGGAUCCGUCAACUCAAAAGAAUGUCGUCACGUUCAAAUCCUCAGAAAACCCGCAGAUUCCUCCUGGGAUAGACUGGCGAGCCAAAGGCUUCGUGACGGAGGUCAAAGAUCAGGGUGACUGCGGCUCUUGCUGGGCCUUCAGUGCCACCGGAGCUCUGGAAGGCAUGUAUUUCAAGAAUACGGGGAAGCUGGUCUCGCUGAGCGCAAAUCUUAUCGACUGUUCUAGCGAAAAUAAUGGGUGCAGCGGUGGAAUUAUGAUCCAAGCUUUUGUAACUGUUUACCUACAAGGAGGGAUCAAUUCAGAGAAAAGCUACCCUUAUGACGGAAUGGAUGAUUAUAGUUGUCGGUAUGAAGCAGAGAAUUCUGUCGCGCGGUGUUCCAACGUGGGACGCAUUCUGACAGGAGAUGAAAAGGGCCUCCUCGAGGCCGUGGCUACGGUUGGCCCAAUUUCUGUCGCAGUGGAUGCUCGGAGCUCUGAGUUCCACUUUUACAAGUCGGGGAUCUUUAAAAAUCCUUGGCUUGGAGAUCCGCACUUGACUCAUGCUGUGCUGGUGGUUGGUUAUAACAGCACCAAGUACUGGAUUGUGAAGAACAGUUGGUCUCGCUUUUGGGGGGACAAUGGGUACAUGCUCUUGGAACAAGGAUCGAACGAAUGCGGAAUUGCCGACUUCGCGUGCUAUCCCAUUCCGUAACCAGGCCAAGUGGGGAAUUCGAGAAGCAGGACGAAAAGGCCAUCAAAAAUGAUCUGCAGUUUCUGAAGCUUCUGCGGAGCGGGGGAAAAAUAUACACGCUAAAAUCAAUAAAUGCUUUGACGCAACGCUG